UAGUGGUGGUGGUUGGGUCGUCGACACACUCUUGCCUCAGUAUGGUACGUAGCUUGACUGUGGCUGGCUGUGUGUGUGUGUCCUCCAUCACAGCCACAUUUGGAUUUACGUCCUCUGGGGAGUGAUAACGAGUACUGUCUUUGUGACUUCCAAACGUGUGUUAGUCGUGUAGUGCCAUUAUAACAGGUCAGUAGUCCGAUUGAUUUCAUGAAGACUAUAUCGAAGUUAUUGAACUAAGCAGGAUAAACAAGUACAGUUGCUAACCAUGAACGAUUGUAGUGUGUAGUUGAACGGACUGAAGUGGACACUCUCCCACAUCCUUAUUACGUCUACCUCAGAGUGAAGUGGCCUACCCUCCACCAGCACCCUCCAGGGACACUGGUGUUGAUGACAUGAGGCGGACGCUGUAGCAGCAACAGCAGCCGUGAAGCUUGGAGGAUGUGGUCGGGCAUGUGGGCGGUGUGGGUGGCUGCGAUGGUGGGCGUGACGGUGUGGACGCCCACGGUCGCUGCCCUCUCCGGUCCCAACGUGUGCACCAAACAAGAGACAUACACAAGUUUGGUGAAUGUGUCUUAUACAAAGGCUUACAGAGUACGAACCUACACAUUUUGCUUCAGUAUUCCGCCCAAAUGUUCAAAGUACAAGAUGGCUUAUAAAACUUCUUUCAAAACUCAGAGCCAGACAAAGACUCGUACGGUAGAUGUAUGUUGUUCAGGCUUCACUAGAGUGCCAGCAGAGGAUCGUUGCAUUCCCAUCUGCUCACAAGAUUGCAUACAUGGGGUAUGCAUCAAACCUGAUGAAUGUCGCUGCGAAGCUGGUUAUUCUGGCCCCAGCUGUAACAUAAGUGACUGGGAGUUUCCUAAUGAGCUCAUCACAGUUCAGAUUGAUCUAAUACCAUGCACUGGUCCAGAGUGUUACUUUUCUUGUCCAGAGGGAAAAUGGGGUAUGGGAUGUGUACAUGAUUGCCCGUGUCUACAUGAAGGAAAAUGUGAUCCACUCUAUGGCAAUUGUUCGUGUCAUGCUGGAUGGAUUGGUCCUUAUUGUGAAGAAAAGUGUCAGGGCGGAUACUACGGGGUGGACUGCAGGGAUCGAUGUCGAUGUCAGAACAGCGGGACUUGUGACCAUGUUUCUGGAGCUUGUCAAUGUCCACCAGGCUGGACUGGUCCCCUGUGUGAGAAAUCAUGUCCUGAGGGAACUCACGGCACUGCCUGUAGCAACAAGUGCCAGUGCCAGAACGGAGGCCACUGUGAUCCAGUCACAGGGAAAUGUCGAUGUCCGCAAGGUUGGACUGGAGAUGUGUGUGCCAACCCAUGUCCUCAGGGAACGUGGGGUCGUAACUGCUCAGAACUUUGCGAUUGCUAUAACUCUGCUACAUGUGAUCAUAUAACUGGUCGCUGUAAGUGCCCUUCUGGAUAUAUAGGAAAUAAGUGUCAAGAAGAAUGCCCUCUUGGCACUUAUGGAGUCAAUUGCACCGAGAGUUGCACCUGCCGCAAUGGAGCAACGUGCUCACACAUAAGUGGCCGAUGUUUCUGUAAAGAUGGCUGGCUUGGAAGCAGCUGCUCUAUUCCUGCAUGUCCUCCUAACCAAUAUGGCUCUGGAUGCUCGCAGAUAUGCUCGUGUGAAAAGGAUAAUACAGAAAGAUGUCACCCCUGGUCUGGAGUUUGUGAGUGUAAGGCAGGUUGGGCUGGGGAAACAUGUACCCGAGCAUGUCCGUUUUACAAGUAUGGAGAGAAGUGUGCCAAAAGCUGCCAGUGUAAAAAUGGGGCAUUUUGCGAUCCAAUUAAUGGAUCCUGCAUAUGUGCUCCAGGGUACCAUGGGGAGCAAUGUGGAAAACACUGCCCACAAAACAGGUAUGGCCAGAACUGUGAAUUGGAGUGUCGCUGCAAAAACUCACUUGGCUGUUCACAUGAAUCUGGCAAGUGCAUAUGUAGACCGGGUUGGGAGGGUCAGCAGUGUUCCCUCACUUGCCUACUGGACUUCUAUGGAGGUAACUGUACCAAGAUAUGUGAUUGUCAGAACAAUGGAUCAUGUAAUCCAAUAUCUGGCAAGUGUACAUGUGGCCCAGGACAUUUUGGGGACAAAUGUGAGAAGACUUGUGAUCAGGGCUACCAUGGCAUGGCCUGUGUUAAUUUCUGUGCCUGCGUUGGCCCAAAUGUUGAAGGCUGUGAUCCAGAAUCUGGCAGAUGUAUAUGCAAACCUGGUUUUAGAGGUGUAAGUUGUGAGUCUCAAUGUCCUCGUGGAUAUUAUGGAGAAUCUUGUACAAAAAAAUGUGAUUGCAAGAACAAUGGAUCGUGCAACAUUCUGACAGGAAAGUGCAUAUGUGAGCGAGGGUGGCAUGGUGCUGACUGCAACACACCUUGCAGACCUGGCAAGUAUGGAGUGAAUUGCAACCAGGACUGCCCAACAUGUGUUCAUGGAAAUGGCACAUGUCAUCCACAAUCAGGGGCAUGUGUUUGUGCAGCUGGUUGGCGAGGUCCUCGAUGUGACCGCACAUGCUCCUUGGGCUCCUGGGGAUUUGACUGUGCCAAUGAAUGUAGAUGUCGAAAUGGUGCUGAAUGCCAACACGAAACGGGGGAGUGCCUGUGUUUGCCGGGCUGGAGAGGUGCAGACUGUUCACAUCCGUGCCCUCCAGGAACCUUCGGUUAUAACUGCCUUCAGACAUGUCACUGCCGUAAUCAUGCCUCGUGUCGUGGCAAUGAUGGUUUUUGCGAAUGUAAACCAGGAUGGAUGGGCCCUGGAUGCACACAAACAUGCCCGGAGGGUUACUUUGGGCGUCAAUGUUUAAACGUUUGCAACUGUAGUACAGACAAUUUUAUAUGUCAUCCAGUGGAAGGCUGCAAGUGCAGAUAUGGUUUUGAAGGUGACAUGUGUGAUAUUCCCAUAACAAGUCCUAUUAUAAAGGAGCAAGAUCCAGUUUUACCCAAUCCCUCAGGACCCAAUAAUGCUGGUCUCAUUGUUGCUGUUGUUUCCAUCAUUCUUAUCACCAUUGUUAUUGCUAUUACUAUUUACUACAAGCGCAGAUUAAUGAGACUGAAGCGAGAGUUAGCGGUGGUUCAGUACAUUGCCGAUCCUGCAGCCACAGAGCGUCCCAAGGCAAUUGAGAGUAGAGAGAGCACAAAACUUCGUGCUGCCAAUAAGCUCUCACAGAAGUCUGGACAACCCGUAGCCAAAAGAUGGAGUUCCAUAGCAGACCAACACCAUUUUGAUAAUCCUGUGUAUGCCUACCAAUCUGUGAGUAAGUCUCAACCAAACCUGCUUGAGAAUGGCAAUUUAAACAACGGUGUUACUAUCAAGAAUAACCUAUCACUCAAAGAUGACAAGAAUCGAGAGUGGGAGAAGCUAGGUACCUUCACUUUCCAUGAUGAUGCUUGUAGUUUAGGAGCUGUUGGGGGACACUAUGAUGUGCCAUCGACACUUCAAAGACAAGCACGGGUAAAGGCAUUAGAGGCGGAUGCCACAAAUCCCAAUCUUAAUAUCUACCAUUCUAUUGAAAGUUUAAAGGAUAAUAGACUAGUGGAUCACGUAUACGAUGAAAUAAAACAACGACCACCUCCACCGAAAGAUCCAGAUGGUGAUUACGAUCAUCUGACUUAUUCACGUCCAGUGGGUGAAGUGAAGCCACACUACUAUACUAUGGCAUCUCAGUUACGCCGCUCGGCAGACCAGUUGUCCAGUGAGGGUCCCAAAACCCAGCAACCCCACCUUACGGAAGAAGCAGCGUUCUGCUCAUCGUCAUCAUCAUAUAAUGAGCUGAAUAUCUCCCGACCUGAAACGAAUUUGGAAGAUUACCCUUGCCUAGCUCAAAAUGCUGAUGAUGGUGGCAUGCCAAAAGUUAGUAAUCUUAAUGCUGUUGCCAGUGAUGAUGAAUAUACAAGGCUGAAUGUGAACAACCUUGAUGUUUCUGUGGAUUCUGGAAAACGAGGUGCUUGCAAAUUUGAAGAUGAUUUUAAUGUUACUGCCUCUUUGGCCCUUGAGAAUUCUAAUACUAGUCACAGCAGUACAGCAGAGACUGAAGUUUUAAAUGCCGAUAAAGACUUGUAAAAUCGACAGGAUUCCCAAAAUGUGGCUAACA